GGGCCGGAGCAGGGGCGGCGGCGCUCGGACUGUCCCAUCCGCCCCAUAUUGAGGCGCUGGGAGCGGCGGGGCGGCCGGAAAGCGAUGGUGAAAGCGGGGCCGUGAGGGGGGCGGAGCCGGGAGCCGGACCCGCAUUAGCGGCAGCAGCGGCGCCGCCUCCCCCGGAGCGCAGACCCAGGAAGCGGUCGGGAGGGGAGGGGAGCGAACCAGGCCGGAGCCGAAGCCACCGCCGUCAUGGAGCUGAGAGUUGGGAACAGGUACCGGUUGGGCCGAAAGAUCGGCAGCGGCUCCUUUGGAGACAUCUAUCUCGGUACUGACAUUGCUGCAGGAGAAGAAGUUGCCAUCAAGCUCGAAUGUGUCAAAACCAAACACCCUCAGCUCCAUAUUGAGAGCAAAAUCUACAAAAUGAUGCAGGGAGGAGUGGGCAUUCCUACAAUUAAAUGGUGUGGGGCAGAAGGGGACUAUAAUGUCAUGGUGAUGGAGCUUUUGGGACCAAGCCUUGAAGAUCUCUUCAAUUUCUGCUCAAGAAAAUUCAGUCUGAAAACUGUCCUGCUACUUGCUGACCAGAUGAUUAGUCGGAUUGAAUACAUUCAUUCGAAGAACUUCAUCCACCGAGAUGUGAAGCCGGAUAAUUUUCUUAUGGGACUGGGAAAAAAGGGUAACCUAGUCUACAUCAUAGACUUUGGGUUGGCCAAGAAGUACCGAGAUGCUAGGACCCAUCAGCACAUACCCUAUCGUGAGAAUAAAAACCUCACAGGAACUGCUCGUUAUGCCUCCAUCAACACUCAUCUUGGAAUUGAACAAUCUCGAAGGGAUGACUUGGAGUCCCUGGGCUAUGUGUUGAUGUACUUCAAUUUGGGCUCCCUCCCCUGGCAGGGGCUGAAGGCUGCUACCAAGAGACAAAAAUAUGAAAGAAUUAGUGAAAAGAAAAUGUCCACUCCCAUUGAAGUGUUAUGUAAAGGCUACCCUUCUGAAUUUGCCACAUACCUGAAUUUCUGUCGUUCAUUGCGUUUCGAUGACAAACCUGACUAUUCCUACCUGAGACAGCUCUUCAGGAACCUGUUCCAUCGCCAGGGUUUUUCCUAUGACUAUGUGUUUGACUGGAACAUGCUAAAAUUUGGUGCCAGCCGGGCAGCUGAUGAUGCCGAAAGGGAACGCCGGGAUCGAGAGGAACGAUUGAGACACUCCCGAAAUCCAACUACUCGGGGUCUCCCUUCCACUGCAUCAGGCCGCCUGAGGGGAACACAAGAUGUAGCUCCUCCUACUCCCCUCACCCCUACCUCACAUACUGCUAACACCUCUCCUCGGCCUGUCUCUGGAAUGGAAAGAGAGCGGAAAGUGAGUAUGAGACUGCAUCGUGGUGCCCCAGUCAAUAUCUCUUCGUCUGAUUUAACAGGCCGACAAGAUACCUCUCGCAUGUCAACCUCACAGAAUAGCAUUCCUUUCGAACACCACGGCAAGUAGCUGCUCGUCUACCCGUUGGAAGGCAGCACUGGAUUCCCGGUCGGGUGACUUCCAGUGGUCUUCAGUCUGUCGUGCACCGAUGAGAAAUCUCCUUUUUGCCGUGGAGGGGCAGACAAUGCAUGGCUGAUCUACUAUGUUACCUACCAAUGGCUUUACUAGUGAAACGUCCCCCGAUCUAGAACAGAAAACGUUAACACCAGGAGCUCUCCAGGCCUUUUUACCCAGCGAUGCUCAUGGGGGAAACAAAAAAAUACCCUAAACCGAACAAACUCCAAGUGCUGCCAUCGCCAGGGGCUGAAACCUGAUGCCCCCUCACAAAGAACUCAGUUAUAACGGGGCUGGGAAGAAAAACCAGAGUGUAAGAGAGAGACAAUUUGCAAAGAGAAUCAAACUCCCAUUCGAGAGUCUUUUCAUUUUUCCCUCCACUGGUGGUAAACUUAUGCUACCCCUUAUUAUUAUUCUACUGUAACUAUAAAUCUUUUACUUGGUUUAAGACAGUUUUGUAUCAUUUUGCUAAAAAUUAUUGGCUUAAAUCUAUGUAAAGAAUUCUGUCUUUUUAUUGUUGCGUUUUUGUGUGUGUGUAUGUGUGUGUGUAUGUAUGUAUGUAUGUUGUGUGUGCAUGUUGUUUUGUUUUUUUGUUUUUUUGGUCUGACUUAAAGAUGUUGACUUUGAAGAAUCCUGCAUCAAAGACACUGGCUUGGAGUUUCAGGCAGGGAGUGUAUGUGAAUUAAAAUGAUCAAAUUUUUUUGUGUUUUUUUGUUGUUGUCUUUGUACAAUCCAGUUUGGAGGGGGUUUUCUCAUCAAAGUUUUAUAUACAUGCAUAUGUAUAUAUACACACAUAUAUUUAAGAAUAUGUGUGUGUGUAUAUGUGCACAUAUAUAUGAGUAAUAUAUAUGUGUGUGGCGUGCUGUUUCAUUAACUUGGUUUAUGGCUGUCUUGUUCAUUCUUCCCUAUGUAAAACUGAAAUGCCCCUACAACAACACAAAACAAUUUUGAAUUUCUUGCCAGACUUCAGUGUAGUCAGAGCACUAAGUCUGCUACUUGAAGGGUGUGGGGCUACUUUCAAACAAAGUGACACUACUCUUUCCAAAGGAGCAUGGGAAGAGAAAUGAGUCUGAAAAAAAUUGAAGGCAAGGCCCUUGAGAACCAAAUUGAACAUUUGGUAGUUCUUAUGAUUAAAACCUGAGUAUGUGUUUUUGGUUUCCUUGUGAGAAGAUUGUAAUUGAAACUUUGGGGUAAUGUAUGGUUUUCUCAAUGAUGUUGGUUGCCUAAAUGCCUUUGAAUUGGGGAAAAUUUUAAAUGGAUUGUAGAUGUUACCAAUAUAGCUUGGCACUUCAUUUGUAGCAACACCUAUGUGCUCAAAAGAAAUUAACUGGCCUGCCAUCUUUUGAUGCUAAGGUUUACCUACAUGUACUGAACAGAUGAAGGGGAAUCCCCAAAAGUGCCAAGAAAUAGAUGCUUACAGCCUGUGUUUGAAAUUUUAAUAUGCUAACAGGUUAUGGUCAUGCAUAUAUAGGGCAAGGUUUUUUUGUAGGCCUGAGUUGCAUGUUUGAACAGAAGAGAAAGAAAUACAGGGUUGAUUCAAAAUCUACUGGAAUGUAAGUGACUUCCAUACUACAUGGCAUCUUUUUCCUCUGGAGGUUCUCGGGGACUUCUGUUCUUGUUAGAUUUUCAUAAAAUGAUGUUUCUUAUUGUCAACCUUGCAUCACUCACAGAAACACUGAACCAUAGUGAUACCAAAUCUUUACUCAAGCAAAGUAGAUGUGAGCUUUUUCUGUCUUGGGAAUCAAGGUGCAAUAUAUAUAGAUAUAUAUAUACACACACACAAACACACACACACAUAUAUGUGAGAGAGAGUGUAUGUGUGUAUAUGUAUAUGUAUAUAUACACACACACACGCACGCACAUAUAUAUAUAUAUAUAUCUAUACAUAGGUAUUUUUAUAUUUCUUUCUAAUCAGCCCAUUGGAGAGUCUGUCCUGUUUGGAAGCUAAGCUAUAACUACCCCUUUCUCUCACACUUUAUUCUAGUCUCCCUUUCCCUGAACCCCCCUCCUCCCCCCAGUUUCCUAAAACUGAAACAUGAAACAUGAAGACACCUAAUUUUUUUUAAUUGAUGUUGCAAUGUUUGGCCAGUUGCUUUCAUUUUCAUCGCCAGUAGUUCCAUUUAAUCCCAAUAAUUGAUUUUUUUUCCCCUAAAGCCCUAAUCUGGUUGCUUUUAUGAACUUUUGGGGAGUGUUUACUUGACAGGUUGGGGGACCUGAGUUUUGGGAGUGCAAUAGGAAGAUUCAAAGUGUUGAUUAGUAGAGGGAUUUUUUGUAUGUAAGCUGAAUGUCUUAAUGAGUUCAGUUUUUUACAGGCAUGUCAUUAUCAGCUACAGUGCUACACUAAAGUGUGCUUUCUUUGUAAAUAUCUGUGGUUUCUGAUGUAAUGCCAGAAAGACAUAUCAAAGGCAGCCUUUCUUCCUCCCUGUAUCCAGGACCUGAAAGUGACAGAGUAUAUUUGAAAAGUGGUUUCAGAUGCAGAUUUCUAGAAUUGUGUUUGGUUGUGGACAGUUCUUGCCCUUCCAUGAUAUUUAACUCCCCACCAUUACUUGCAGGAAAUGUAGUUAGAAUGUCUGUAUCAACCUGUGUAUUGGUAACAAAUAUCUCUGAACAGCUCAUUUGUAUUACCACUGUAUUUGUGUACUUUAACAAUUGUGUAAAUAAUAAAUUCAUAAUGACUUCUA